CAUCAGGAGAGAAUGCUUCUGGAACAUAGCCAUGCAGCCCGGAAGACUCAAAACUACCCAGUGAAAGCCUUUGACAACAUCAUAAUAAUAAACUUGAUUUAUACCAUGCCACAUCUCCCUGAAAGGACUUGAGGUGGCUUACAACAUAAAUAAAUAUAAUGAAUAAUAUAUGCAAAAUAAAAUAAAGCAGAUAAUAACAUAAGAAUAAUUACAGCAUAAUUGUAUUCAGAAUCCACAUGGACUUUCUCCUAGGUAUGUUUGUGUGAGAUUAUGAGGUUAAUUAUCUAAUUUAAGCAUUUUUAACCUUGCUAUUCAAACACAAAACACACCGAGGAAAAUUAAUUGUACUGCCAUAAACAGUGGUUUCUGUUCCUUCUUCCUGUUUCUCCUGAAGAAAUAAAUAUGUAUCAUGCUCUGUUUGUCAUAAUAGAGAGGGGGGGAAUGUAAAAAGUGUAUAUAAACUUUUCAGUUUCAGAGGGACUCAAUAUCGAGAGGGUUAAAAAAAUACAGGCUGGGCUAAAGGAUUUUAUCAGAAAGGCAAUACAGGAUUCUCAGCCAGCUAAACAAUUUGCAAGUCAGCACGCCUUUGCCUGUAAUGUUCCUUUGAAAUCAAAAGUGAAAAUAAAGGCUUGUGGUCACAAGAAAGAAAGAAAGCAACUGGAGUUUUUGCUGCCAUGGACCUCAGCUACGAAUGGACCUGUCCCAUCUGCCUGGAAACCUUCAAAAAUCCUGUGACCAUCGAUUGUGGGCACAACUUCUGCCAGGCCUGCCUCAGCCAAUACUGGGGGUCAGCAAACAGGAGCAGCUCAUGUCCCCAAUGCCGGCAGAUGGUGCCACAGAGGAGCUUCCAGCCCAACCGGCUGCUGGUCAGCAUGAUAGAAAGAGUCCAAAAACUUGAAGAGGAGAAAAGGACCUAGUGGAAGAAGACGGGCACAUGUGCCAAGCACUGGCUGCCCCUGAACCGCUUCUGCAAAGAGGACGAGACACUCCUUUGCUCUGUAUGCGAACGGUCCAAGGAGCACCUGGAUCAUGUUGUGGUCUCCUGGGAAGAUGUUGCCCCAGAGUACAAGGAACAAAUUGAGGCCAGCAUGAAAUCUCUGCAGAAAAGAAGAAUGCUUGUUUUGAAGCAGAUGUCCAUUGAGGCCCAUGGGAAGAAAGAAUGUUUAAAACAAAUAGAACUUGAGAAUCAGAAGAUCAGUUCUGCUUUCGACCUAAUGCAGAACUUCCUUAAAGAAAAAAGUGUUUCUGGCUCAGUCAGCUGCAAGACCUCGAGAGCAGUGUCAAGGAAAAGCAUGAAAAAAACAUCUCAACCCUUUCAAAAGAGGUGUUGUAUCUCGGCAAUCUCAUCGCAGUGAUGAAUGAGAAGUUCCAGCAACCAGGAGAUGAAUUCCUGCAGGACAUCAAAAGCACUUUGAACAGGUUUCAGAAGAGGGAACAUGAUCAGACACUGUACCUAUUCCCUGAAUUGGAAGGGAGACUCCAGACUUUCUCACAAAAAGUAACUGCUGUAGCAAUGACUAUGAAACAAUAUACAGAUUCCCUGGAGCGUGCGCUGACCAAAGCAUGGUCUCCAAAACAAAUGGCGAACAAAGUGGAUGUCACUCUGGACCCAAACACAGCAAAUGCCUUCCUCAUUCUGUCUGGAGAUCUGAAGAGUGUGAUCUGUGGGACUGAAGAACAGAAAGUGCCCAAUGUCCCUGAGAGAUUUGAUUGGGAGCUUUGUGUGUUGGGUUGUGACAGAUUCACUUCAGGAAAUUCAUGGUGGGAAGUUGAGGUGAAAAAAGAAGGGGAAAUGUGGGUCCUGGGUGUUGCAAAAGAGACCAUCAGAAGAAAAAGGUCUUUCAUCCCAAAUCCUAGUGAGGACACCUGGGCUAUAGGAAAGCCUUCAGGGAAAUCCUUCUCAUCGAAUGAGCUCUGGGCUUUCACUUCUCCCAAGCCAACCCUUUUGAUCCUAAGGCAUAGCCCACGGAAAAUCUUGGUGUCCCUCAAUUAUGAAGAGGGACGCGUGGAAUUUUUUGAUGCAGAUUCUGAUGAACUGAUCUUUACUUUCUUAGCUGCCUCAUUCCGUGGGGAGACAAUCCGUCCCUUUUUCUGGGUGACUCCAGGAGUCUGGCUAAAGUGUUGAGUCUUAAAGGAAAUUCACCAAUGCUCCAGCUUCCACCUUUAAAAGAGGUAGCACUUUCAGAUUGUGUUCAAGUGGUAGAAAUAUUUAAAAUAUAGAAAGAAAAGGGGGAAAAUAUAUCAUUAAUACCUCUUUCUCUAAAAACAAUAGCAUGUUACAGUCUUUCAAUAAACUAUUCUAACUAAUAAUCAAAAUGAGAAA